UUUCACUCUCUCUGAAAAGCAAUGGAAAAAAUAUCCUCAGGUGAGGAUUAAGAAAAUAAAUUUUUUAAAAGCAUACAAACGGACAAUCACUGAAUUAAAGAAGUGGAAUAUAUUUUUCUCUCAUUUCCAGAAUUUUCUUAGUAUAUAGGUAUUUUUUCUAAUUUUUAAAAAUAAGCAUAAGAAGAUAAUUUUGGAAGAUCAAGAUAGUAAAAAUUCAUUUUUUUAAAUACUCAAAUCUUUAAUCCUUACACUACCAUUUAAGGCCUAACAAGUAUCAGGUCAACAAGAGCAAAAGUUGAUACAAGAAUACUGAAACUUUAACUUACUGGCCAAUUUUGUGAAAUAGAAUAAUAAUUUAAUAAAUGAUACCUUUGGUGCACUGAAUUUGACUGUUUUUAAAAAAUAUUCACAUCUAUAGGUCAUUUAGGCAUAUGAAACAUUUAGACUAUCAUAUACACAACAAAAACAUCUUAAGAUUCUGGUCUCUUCAUAGGCAACUUAAUUUGACUUUUCUUUCUCUACUAUUUCUCACUCAGCCACUCACUAUUCCCUGUUUCAGGUCCUUGUCCUCAAACUUUAAAGGAGUGGAAAUAGGAGCCGAAAAUACACUGAACUGAAAAGGUGAGAGGAUCCACAAGCACAUUUUGAAGAAUAUGACCUUAAAAUGCAAAGAUUUCUUGUAGAUAAUACGUCACUGACCACUGCUUUAGUCAAACUUUAAACCAAUUUAGUUGCCUUUUUUCUCUUCCAUUAGCAGUUAAUUUCUGUGAAUCUUAAACAUACAUAUUUGUCUAAUAAAUAAUAUACACAAAAAUAUAUAGUAUGGUUUACAGAAUACAUUGGCAUAGAUAUAGAAAAAAUUAAUACCAUUAAUUCUGGCAGAAAAUAAGAAAGAUACGCUUGCCUACAUAAAUUUAGUAACAAGUCUUAGCACUGAGAUUUGAACUGACAAAUCUGUAGAGUUUGGUUACAUAUAUUCGUUUUCUACCUUUUUAUAGAUUCAAAAGAGCAAUACAAGAAGUGGAAUCUCUAAGAAUGGCCUCCCUGAGCUCCAGCCUCUGGAAUGAAACCACUACCUCUGUUUAUCAGUACCUUGGUUUUCAAGUUCAAAAAAUUUACCCUUUCCAUGAUAACUGGAACACUGCCUGCUUUGUCAUUCUGCUUUUGUUUAUAUUUACAGUGGUAUCUUUAGUGGUGCUGGCUUUCCUUUAUGAAGUGCUUGACUGCUGCUGCUGUGUAAAGAACAAAACUGUGAAAGACUUGAAAAGUGAACCUAAUCCUCUUAGAAGUAUGAUGGACAACAUCAGAAAACGUGAAACUGAAGUGGUCUAGCACUCUAUAUAAGUUGAACAAAAUCUAUGAAAACAACCUUUAACUUCUGAGGGGGGGAAAAAAUUUCUGAGGCCAAUUGUUACAAAACUGACUGACUUUGAAUGAUUAAAAGAUUUCUAUUAGAAGGGAAAGACAAGUUAAAUACGUACUUCUUUGUGUGUGUCUUUCAUUAAACAUACAGUAAAACUUCAUAAAUGUAAAUAAUCUCCCAAUCUCUUUAAAAUGACACUUAAAAAACUAGAUAAAAGAUUCCUAGAAUUCAAUAUGAAAUAGCAAAAUGUAAACUGGAAAGCAUAAGCAAGGCUAAUGAUGCCAAAAUAACAUAUACCUAAACAAAUCACAGGGACUAAAAAAUAGAGUACUAUGCACUGGAUGGUGGAGCAGUUGGAGCAUCAUCCCGUGUACCAAAGGGUGAUCGUGGGUUUG